UAGAAGUCAAGUUAAUCAGUCUCGUAUUUCAAGGUCCGUCCAAAAGUUGCGCAGUUGUCAGUAAAUAAGAUCUAAUAUUUCUCCUUGUAAGUGUAUAAAGUUCUGAAGCAUUGUUCAAACAUAGCAGAAAGUCAUUUUUUAGUUGAGAGAAAACAUCACAUAUACGGAUAUUACUUAUGAAGAGGUAGUAGUGUUUUCUAACUAUCUAUAAAAUGAGAGCAUUUUUAGUUGCUCUGUUGAUGGUGAUUUUCGUCACUGAAGUAGUGCAUGCAACUCCUGGCUAUUGUGAAUACAAGGGAAUGUUACAUACGCUAGAUGAAAAAUGGUAUCCCGAUCCCUGUAAAUCAUGUGAAUGCCUUUCUGAAGACAAUUACAGAUGUCGCAGACCAUCUUGUCCUUACAUGGAAUGCAAAACUGAGAAGUACGUUGUCCCAGGAGAAUGCUGUCCCAGAUGUAGAG